AAUCAGCUCCCAGCAGUGAGAAAAAUUCUGAAACCAUGUCUUCCUCUUCCUCUGCUCCAUGGCUGAGCUUGGUUGGGACCAUCUGGCUCCAAACUAUUAAUGGAGCAAACUCAGACUUCCCAGUCUAUUCAUCCCAGCUUAAAGAUCUUAAAUCCAUCUCUCAAGUCCAGCUCAAUUUCCUUGCUUUCGCCUCUGAUGCUGGAAAGCUCUUUGGCUGGUGUUCUGGUGUUGCGGCCAUUUUUCUCCCCCUCUGGCUGGUCUCAGUGAUUGGUGCAACUUUUGGGCUGAUAGGCUAUGGCAUGCAGUUUCUCUUCCUAGAGAAUACCCAUCUAUCCUACUGGCAUCUCUUUAUGCUCACUGCCCUGGCUGGAAAUGGCAUAUGUUGGAUCAACACUUGCUGCUAUCUCAUCUGUAUCCAAAAUUUUCCUUCUGAUAGCCAUGUUGCAGUUGGGCUAUCCACAAGCUAUCUUGGUUUGAGUGCCAAGGUCUACACGGUUGUGGCCGAUGCAGUCUUCCAUGCACAGCCCAGUCAUAAUGCCAAGGCAUAUCUCCUACUCAAUGCCAUUGUACCUAUAUUAGUUAGUCUUUUAGUUUCACCAUUUCUACGUGAGUCACAGACCAAAAACAAAACAAGAUCAAGUUGCGGGUUCAUGGUGAUGUUGGCCAUAACACUCGCAACUGGAAUUUGUGCAGUUUUUGGCAGCAUCAGGUCUGAAUCAAGAGAGCAUAAGUUAAGCCUAGGAAUUCUUUUGACUGCCCCUUUGGUGGUCCCUUUGGCCGUGAAGUAUAAAGAAGUCAUAGGAGAGAUAUGGUGGAACAAGAGGGAGAGGAAGGUUCAUGAUAUUACUGUGGAUGAGGAUAAAACUGGAGGGAGAGUCAUUGAUUGUGAGUUGAAGGAAGGAGGGGCUGUAGAUGGGAAAGUAGAAGGGUCAAUGGAAGUUGGCGGCCUUCAACUAUUAAGAAAGGUGGACUUUUGGUUGUAUUUCUUCAGCUACAUGUUUAGUGCUUCAUUGGGUUUGGUCUUCUUGAACAACCUGGGACAAAUAGCGGAGUCUCGUCGGUUCUCAAAGACUUCUAUUCUCGUCUCCCUCUCUUCUUCUUUCGGUUUCUUUGGUCGUCUCGUGCCAUCUUUCUUGGACUACUAUUCAACAAAAAGUGGGUACAUGGUGUCAAGGCCAGCAUUCAUGGCCACACUGAUGGCUCCAAUGGCAGGAGCCUUCUUCCUACUUCUAAAUCCAAGCAGACAUUUCUUGUACCUCAGCACUGCGAUUAUUGGGGGAUGCACUGGGGCAAUAACCUCUAUUGCAGUCUCAGCAACUUCUGAGCUAUUUGGCAACAAGCAUUUUGGCGUGAACCACAACAUUGUUGUCACAAAUAUACCGAUAGGGUCUUUUGUCUUUGGUUACUGUGCUGCCCUUCUUUACCAGAAAGGAGCUGAAGGAAGCCAUAGCUGCACUGGGGCUGAAUGCUUCGAGAAAACCUUCAUCAUAUGGGGUUCUACUUGUUCCUUGGCCACUCUUCUUUGUACAGUCCUCUAUGCCCGAACUCGAAAGUUUUGCUGAAAGACUUCUUACAGAUCUGAUGACUCGCAUAGAUUAAGCUAUCACACAUGAUAUUGUAACUCUCAGGACCUGAGGGACAUCAAAAUCUGGCCACAAGUUGCAUUGGUGUAGGGGUACCUGCUUGCGUAUUCAGGCACACCCACCACAUUUUGCAAGUUGAUGGAGAUUGCUAAAGCCAGCUUAUGUAGUUAUGUAUCACACUGGCCUUUCUGUAAAGUUUGCUAAAUUAAUAUGAAUACUCCUCUCAUUACUUUGUGGGUGUAGCAAA